AUGCGCAACCUCAUCGGACUUGCUCUGCUUCCCCUAGCAGCUGCAGUCCCUCAUGCUCGCCGCUCGGACUCAAACUAUGACUACAUCAUUGUUGGCGGUGGUACCAGUGGUUUGGUCGUCGCCAACCGACUAUCCGAGCAAGAGAACAUCAAUGUUCUUGUCAUCGAAGCCGGCGGUUCUGUAUACAAUAACCCGAAUGUGACUGACACUCUGGGAUAUGGCAAGGCCUUUGGCACCGAAAUUGACUGGGCCUACAAGACAACGGACCAAAAAUAUGGUGGUGGAUACGCGCAAACGGUGCGUGCUGGAAAGGCACUCGGAGGAACAUCCACCAUCAACGGCAUGGUGUACCUCCGUGCCCAGACUGCCCAGAUCGACGCUUGGGAGACUGUCGGCAACAAGGGCUGGAACUGGAAGAACUUGUUCCCUUAUUUCAAGAAGGGCGAGCAAUUCCAAGAUCCCGACCAGUACUCUUUCCUGGAUGGAUCCGGUGUCACCUAUGAUCCCGCCUACCACGGCUUCACUGGCCCCUUGAAGGUUGGCUGGUCUUCAACACAGUUGAAUGAUGGUCUUGCUCAGAAGAUGAAUGCUACAUACCAGAACCUCGAUGUUCCAGUUCAGUUUAACGAGGACCCCAACGGUGGAAAUAUGAUCGGAUACAGUCUUUACCCCAAGACGGUCGACUCGGUGUUGAACAUUCGUGAGGAUGCUGCUCGCGCCUAUUAUUAUCCUUACCAGAACCGGACCAACCUCCAUGUCUGGCUCAACACCCACGCCAACAAGCUGACUUGGAAGGAUGGUGAAAAUGUCACUGCUGAUGGCGUCGAGGUCACCCUCUCCAAUGGUACUACCACCGUCGUGAAGGCUUCUCGUGAAGUGAUCCUCGCCGCUGGCGCACUGAAGUCACCCGUUCUCCUUGAACUUUCCGGGGUUGGAAACCCAGACAUUCUCUCCAAGUACGGAAUCGACACCAAGCUCAAUAUCCCAACCGUGGGCGAGAACCUCCAGGACCAAAUGAACAACGGACUCCAGUUUGACUCAAAGACAAGCUACAACAUGAGCGCCGACUACGUCUCAUAUCCUUCAGCGGCCCAGCUCUUCCCUAACCACACUGCUGUCGGAAAGGCUCUCCUCCACAAGCUCCCCGCCUACGCAGCCCAGGUCGCCUCUGCCAACGGUAACAUCACCAAGGCGCGUGACAUACAACGGUUCUUCAAGAUCCAGUGGGAUCUCAUUUUCAAGGCUGGAAUCCCUGUUGCCGAGGUUUUGCUCGAGCCCUCUGGAAACACCUAUGACAUCGAGUACUGGGGCUCUGUUCCUUUCUCUCGCGGAAACGUUCAUCUAUCCUCUGCCGAUCCCACGGAUGCGGCGAUCAUUGACCCCAAGUACUUCAUGCUGGACUUUGACCUCCACGCCCAGGUCCAGGCUGCACGCUUCAUUCGUCAGAUCUUCAAGACCGAGCCUUUUGCUGAUAUGGCUGGUGCUGAGACUAGCCCUGGCUUGUCUACUAUUGCUGCUACUGCUGGUGAUGAAGGAUGGUCUGACUUCAUCAAGAACAACUACCGUUCCAACUUCCACCCCAUCAGCACAACUGCUAUGAUGCCCAAGGAAGUCGGUGGCGUCGUCGACACCUCCCUCAAGGUUUACGGAACCACGAACGUCCGUGUUGUCGAUGCUUCCAUUAUCCCCUUCCAGGUCUGCGGUCACCUCCAGAGCACGAUCUACGCGGUCGCUGAGCGUGCGGCCGACAUUAUCAAGGGUCAGCUGUAA